AUGGGUCUCCGGACGACGAUGAUGUCGUCAAAUGGCUGGGAUGCUUCAUAAUGCUGAGAACGCUGCUACUUAUAAGAACAAACCAACCAUUUCGUCGUGUUUUCUUCCUUAGCCUCGUCUUUACCCCUCCCGGAUCCUCAGAAAGAGAAACCAAGCUAGCAGAAAGACUGAACGAUGUCUGGCCUUGACCCGAGUCAAUAUACUUCGACUGAUCUUCAGGGAAGAUAUGCCUGGACGGAUACGCUUAAAGGUGUUUAUUAUGGCCCGGGAAGCAUAAAGACAGCUCUUCCUAAACUUCUCAGCGAGCUUGGAAUUAAGAAGGCUUUGAUUGUCACGGGCAAGAGUCUACACGAUAAGACUGAUGUGGUUAAGAACGUCGAAGCCAUUCUCAAGGAGCUCGGGGCAUAUGGCGCGACAUUCUAUGAAAUCGGCCAACAUACGCCUGUGGCGGGAAUCAGGAAUGGUUUGAAAGCAUUCAAGGAGGCAGGUGCUGAUGGCAUCGUUUCUGUGGGAGGCGGCUCGCCUGUGGACGGAUCCAAGGCUAUUCUAUACCACUUGCAGCAAGAGACAGGUGGUCCGACACUUAGGCAGAUCGCGAUUCCUACCACGUUGAGCGCUGCUGAAUACACUAUCGGAGCUGGAUUCACUAAUGAUGAAGGAGUGAAAGUUGCGGUGAGCUCCCAGGAACUUGCGCCAGCGGGUAUUAUACUCGACGCAGAAGUCACGCUGGCUACUCCUGAACGACUCUGGUUAUCAACCGGAAUCCGGUCUCUUGACCAUGCUGUUGAAAAUCUCUAUCGCCCGUUGAUCCCACCACCACUCAAACAUCUUUGCUAUGCCGCGCUUGUUGAUCUUUUCAAGUACCUGCCUUUGUCGAAAGAGCAUCCAGAGAAUAUUGAGUAUCGACAGAAACUUCAGCUAGCAUCUUGGAUGAGCAUCUGGCCCAUCAAGCUUGAACGAUACAGUGCACUCGGAUUAUCUCAUGCGUUGGGACACAAGCUGGGGGCCGCUUACAGUAUUCCUCAUGGUAUCACAUCUUGCUUGUCCCUGGCUCCCACUGUCAACCUUCAGGCCGAGCUUCUUUCAGAAUCCGACAAGGAGUGGCUCGCUAACUCUUUAUUCUAUCUUCGUCAACCCCAGUCAGGAUCCAAAGAGGAAGAUAUCAAGAAACUCUCAAUUCUCAUUCAGAAUCUCGUUGAUUCCCUCGGGCUAAGGUCCACUCUAACCGAGUACAAAGUUCCCAAGGCUGAUGUGCCAAAGGUUGCUGAGCAAGCCGUGGGCAAGAGGGAUGACUUUGUUUUCCCUAAGGUUGUCCAGUUACUUGAGAGUCUUUAUUAACGUGAAAGACGGAAGAUCGUCAGAACAUGACAAGAAAGAAUAUUAUGGAUGUAAUAUAGUACGACACGAACCCGGAAUUAUUGACUUUUUCAUU